GGCGCCGCCCACACCCGAGGCUGCCCUGGCGCUGGGAGAGUAGCAGCCUCCUGCUCCGCGGUGCCACGCUGUGCACAGGCAGGAGACUUAGCACCACGGGAUGGCGGUGGCUCAGGGCUGGCCACCGUGGUCCUCACCGCCUCUGCUCACGCUAUGGCUGCUGCUUCUGAGGACGUCUCCCUGCUGGAGCCUGGUGGCUCAGGACGCUCAGGCGGCCGCGCUCAGCCUGCAUCCACCCUACUUCAACCUGGCCCAGGCGGCAAAGAUCUGGGCCACCGCUACCUGCGGGGAGCGGGGCCGAAAGGUCGCAAAGCCGCAUCCUGAGCUAUACUGCAAAUUGGUGGGCGGCCCCACCGCACAAGGCAGCGGUCACACCAUCCAGGGCCAGUUCUGUGACUACUGUAAUUCUGAGGACUCCAGGAAGGCACAUCCAGCCACCCAUGCGAUUGAUGGGUCUGAACGGUGGUGGCAAAGCCCACCUCUCUCUUCAGGGACACAAUACAACAGGGUCAACCUCACAUUGGACCUGGGUCAGCUCUUCCAUGUGGCCUAUGUUUUGAUCAAAUUUGCAAAUUCUCCCCGCCCUGACCUUUGGGUCCUGGAAAGGUCUGUAGACUUUGGAAGCACCUACUCCCCAUGGCAGUAUUUUGCUCAUUCUAGGGGAGAUUGUUUACACCAGUUUGGGCAAGAAGCAAAUGUGGCCAUCACCAGGGAUGACCAGGUGCUCUGUGUCACGGAGUACUCACGUAUCGUGCCUCUGGAAAAUGGUGAGGUGGUUGUAUCCUUGAUAAAUGGUCGUCCAGGUGCAAAAAAUUUUGCUUUCUCUGACACUCUGAGAGAGUUUACUAAGGCAACAAACAUCCGCUUGCGAUUUCUGCGAACCAACACCCUCCUUGGUCAUCUGAUCUCCAAGGCAGAGCGGGACCCCACUGUCACACGCCGGUAUUAUUACAGUAUAAAGGACAUCAGCAUUGGUGGGCGGUGUGUUUGCAAUGGCCAUGCUGACCAGUGCAAUGCUGACAACGCUGAGAAACAGUUCCGAUGUGAAUGCCAGCACCACACCUGUGGGGAGACAUGCAAUCGCUGCUGUGCAGGCUACAAUCAGAGGCGCUGGCAGCCCGCCGCGCAGGAGCAGCACAAUGAGUGUGAAGCCUGCAACUGCCAUGGGCAUGCUGUGGACUGUUACUAUGACCCAGAAGUGGAGCGACAGCAGGCAAGCUUGAACACCAAAGGCGUCUAUGCAGGUGGCGGAGUCUGCAUCAACUGUCAGCACAACACAGCGGGUGUGAACUGUGAAAAGUGUGCAAAGGGUUACUACCGUCCCUAUGGAGUUCCAGCGGACGCACUCCAUGGAUGCAUCCCUUGCAGCUGUGAUCCUGAACGUGCAGAAGACUGUGAACAGGGCUCAGGCCACUGUCACUGUAAGCCAAAUUUCUCCGGAGACACCUGUGAGACGUGUGCAGAUGGUUACUAUAAUUUCCCGUUUUGCUCGAGAAUUGCAGUCUCUCCUGUUUACACUCCGAGUCCAGAAGACCCAGUAGCUGGCAAUAUAAAAGGGUGUGACUGUAACUUGGAAGGUGUUCUCCCAGAAAUAUGUGAUGAUCGAGGCAGCUGCCUGUGCCGCCCUGGGGUUGAGGGUCCCCAAUGUGACUCCUGCCGUGCGGGCUCCUAUUCAUUUCCAAUAUGCCAAGCUUGCCAGUGUUCAACUAUUGGAUCCUAUCCAGUACCCUGUGACCCGGUGACUGGCCAGUGUGAAUGCCUGCCUGGAAUAACAGGAAAGCAGUGUGACAGGUGCCUCUCAGGAGCCUAUGACUUUCCCUACUGCCACGGGUCCGGCAGUGCUUGUGACCCAGCUGGGACCGCUGACUCCAGCUUGGGUUAUUGUCAGUGCAAGCUUCAUGUUGCAAGCCCUACAUGCAGUGUCUGCAAGCCAUUAUAUUGGAAUCUGGCCAAGGAAAACCCCCGUGGAUGCUCAGAAUGCCAGUGCCAUGGGGCAGGGACAGUGAGCGGAAUUGGAGAGUGUGGGCAGGAAGAUGGUGACUGUAGCUGCAAAGCUCACGUAACUGGUGACGCCUGUGACACCUGUGAAGAUGGAUACUUCUCUUUGGAGAAGAGCAAUUACUUUGGCUGUCAAGGGUGCCAGUGUGACAUUGGUGGAGCACUCACCACCAUCUGUAGUGGGCCAUCGGGCGUAUGCCAGUGCCGAGAGCAUGUUGUAGGGAAAGAGUGCCGAAGGCCUGAAGAUGAGCACUACUUCCCGGAUUUGCACCACAUGAAACAUGAAGUUGAAGAUGGCACUGGACCUGAUGGAAGAAACCUGCGCUUUGGAUUUGAUCCCCUGGUGUUUCCUGAGUUUAGCUGGAGAGGAUAUGCCCCAAUGACCUCGGUCCAGAAUGAAGUAAGGAUAAAAUUGACUGUGAGGAAGUCAAGUCUCUCCUUGUUCCAAAUUGUUCUGAGAUACAUCAACCCUGGAAUGGAAGAUAUAUCCGGCCGCAUCACUGUUUACCCGUCCUGGGCAAAGUCAGAUGCUUCUCAAAGCAAAGAGAUCACCUUUCCAGUGAGUAAGGAGCCAGCCUUUGUCACGGUCCCUGGAAAUGGCUUUGCAAACCCAUUCUCCAUCACGCCAGGGAUGUGGAUUGCUUACAUCCAGGCAGAAGGAGUCCUCCUGGAUUACCUGGUGCUGCUUCCCAGGGACUACUAUGAAGCGCUCGCCCUGCAAGUGCCAGUUACAGAACCAUGUGCCCAGACAGGAUCUCCCCAGGACAAUUGUUUGCUUUAUCAGCAUUUACCAGUGACCCGAUUCUCCUGUACCCCAGCUUGUGAGGCCAGACACUUCCUGCUUGAUGGAGAGCUGAGACCCUUGGCAGUGAGGCAGCCCACUCCUGCACUCCCAGCCCUGGUGGACCUCAGCGGGAGAGAGGUGGAACUGCACCUGCGCCUGCGGGUCCCACAGAUUGGCCACUAUGUGGUCAUGCUGGAGUAUGCCACGGAGGUUGACCAACUUUCUGUGGUGGAUGUGAACCUGAAGAGCCCAGGGUCUGCCUUGGCAGGCCAGGUGAACAUAUACAGCUGCAAGUACAGCAUUCUGUGUCGGAGUGUGGUGACCGACAGCCUGGGUCGUACAGCUGUGUAUGAGCUGUUAGCAGAUGCGGAUGCUCAGCUGAAGGCGCACAUGGCCGGUUUCCUUCUGUAUCAUGUUUGUAUUAUACCCAUUGAAGAAUUUUCAACUGAAUAUUUGAGACCUCAAGUCCACUGUAUCGCCAGCUAUGGACCACUUGCUGAUCCUAGUGCCUCCUGUGUCUCCCUGGCCCAUGAAACUCCUCCAACAGCCGUAAUUUUGGAUGCUAUGAGUGGUAGCCCUUUCUCUCUCGUGCCUCAGGAGCCUUCCUUUCCUGCAGAUGUCACUAAUGGAGUUACUCUGAAGGCCCCACAGAAUCAAGUAACCCUGAGAGGACUCAUACCACACCUGGGCCGACACGUCUUUGUCAUCCAUUUUCAUCAAGCAGAGCACCCAAGGUUUCCCACAGAGGUGUAUGUGGAUGGAGGGAGACAGUGGUCAGGGUCCUUCCUUGCCACUUUUUGUCCCCAUUUACUUGGCUGCCGGGACCAAGUGAUCGCUGAUGGCCAGGUGGAGUUUGACAUCUCAGAAGCAGAGGUUGCUGUGACGGUGAAGAUUCCAGAAGGAAAGUCUUUAACGUUGGUCCGGAUUCUAGUGAUACCCACAGAGAAUUACGACUACCAAAUACUUCACAAAACAUCAGUGGACAAGUCCGCCGAGUUCAUCAGCAAGUGUGGAGGAGACAGUUUUUAUAUUGAUCCCCAGGCAGCCUCUGGAUUCUGUAAGAAUUCUGCAAGGUCCCUGGUAGCCUUUUACCAUAACGGUGCCCUGCCCUGUGAGUGCCACCCUGCUGGGGCUGCCAGCCAUCACUGCAGUCCUGAGGGCGGGCAGUGCCCUUGCCGGCCCAACAUCAUCGGGAGGCAGUGCACCCGCUGUGCAACAGGCUACUAUGGAUUCCCACGCUGCAGGCCUUGUAAUUGUGGCAGGCGCCUUUGUGAAGAGGUGACAGGGAAGUGUCUCUGCCCACCCCACACAGUCAGGCCCCAGUGUGAGGUCUGUGAGAUGAAUUCCUUCAACUUCCACCCCCUGGCUGGCUGUGAGGUCUGCAACUGCUCCAGGAAGGGCACCACUGAGGCGGCCAUCUCUGAGUGUGACAGGGACAGCGGGCAGUGCAGGUGCCAGCCUGGAAUCACAGGGCAGCAGUGUGACAAGUGUGCUCCUGGUUUCCACCGGUUCCCUCAGUGUGUUCCCUGCACUUGUAACAGAGAUGGGACUGAGCCUGAAGUGUGUGACCCAGGGACUGGGGCUUGUAUAUGCAAGGAAAAUGUGGAAGGCCCAGAAUGCCAAGUGUGUCGAGAAGGAUCAUUCUUCUUGGACAGUGCGAACCCAAAGGGUUGUACCAGGUGCUUCUGUUUUGGGGUGAGCACUGGCUGUCAGAGUUCACAUAAGCGGAGAGCUAAGUUCGUAGACAUGAUGGGCUGGCGUCUGGAGACAGUAGACGGUGUUGAUGUCCCUGUGUCCUUCAACCCGGGCAGCAACAGCAUGGUUGCAGAUCUGCAGGAGCUACCGCCAUCACUCCACGGUGCAUCCUGGGUGGCACCUCCAUCCUACCUAGGUGACAAGGUGUCCUCAUAUGGCGGCUACCUCACCUACCAAGCCAAGUCCUUUGGCUUACCUGGAGACAUGGUUCUUCUGGAAAAGCAGCCAGAUGUGCAGCUCACUGGCCAGCACAUGUCCAUUGUCCACAAGGAGCCCGGUGACCCUCGGCCAGACAGGGUGCAUCAUGGGAAGGUGCAAGUGGUCGAGGGAAACUUCAGACAUGCAGGCAGCAGUGCCCCAGUGUCCCGGGAGGAGCUCAUGACUGUGCUGUCCGGACUGGAGGGGCUGUACAUCCGAGGCCUCCACUUCACGGAGACACAGCGGCUCACCCUGGGUGAGGUGGGGCUGGAGGAGUCCUCUGCUCUCGGAAGCGGACCCAGGGCUCAUCUUGUGGAGAUGUGUGCCUGUCCCGCUGAUUACACAGGUGACUCAUGUCAGAGUUGUCACCCCGGAUACUAUCUGGACAACAAAAGCUCGCCCGUGGGAAGGUGUGUUCCCUGCAAUUGCAAUGGGCACUCAAAUCGCUGCCAGGACGGCUCGGGCAUGUGCACUAACUGUCAGCACAACACAGCUGGGGAGCACUGCGAACGCUGCAAGGAGGGUCACUAUGGAAACGCCAUCCACGGAUCUUGUAGGGUCUGCCCCUGCCCUCAUACCAACAGUUUCGCUACUGGCUGCACUGUGGAUGGAGGAAAGGUGAGGUGUGCCUGCAAAGCCGGAUACACAGGAGCACAAUGCGAGAGGUGUGCACCAGGAUAUUUUGGGAAUCCCCAGAAAUUUGGAGGCAGCUGCCAACCAUGCAAUUGUAAAGGCAAUGGCCAGUUAGGUACAUGUGACCCCCUAACUGGAGACUGUGUAAACCAAGAACCCAAAGAUGGCAGCCCUGCAGAAGAAUGCGAUGAUUGUGACAGCUGUGUGACGACGCUCUUGAAUGACUUGGCCUCCAUGGGUGAGGAGCUCCGCCUAGUGAAGGCAAAGCUAAUGGGCCUGAGUGUGAGCACUGGCGCUCUGGAACAGAUCGGGCACAUGGAGACCCGGGCCAAGGACCUGAGGAGCCAGCUACUUGGCUUCCGUUCAGCCAUCUCAAGUCAUGGGUCCAAAGUGGACGGCCUGGAAAAAGAACUGAGUCACUUGAACCGCGAAUUCGAGACUUUGCAAGAAAAGGCACAAGUCAAUUCCAGAAAAGCACAAACAUUAUAUAACAACAUUGAUCAAACCAUCCAAAGCGCCAAAGAAUUGGACACGAAGAUUAAAAACAUCAUCCGGAAUGUGCACAUUCUCCUGAAGCAGAUCGCUAGACCAGGUGGGGAUGGAAUGGACUUGCCAGUGGGUGACUGGUCCAGGGAGCUGGCGGAAGCCCACCGCAUGAUGCGGGAGCUGCAAGGCAGAGACUUCACACAGCACCUCAGAGAAGCAGAGGCCGAGAAACUGGAAGCCCAGCUCCUGCUGAACCGGAUCAAGGCCUGGCUGGAAACGCACCAGGCAGAGAACAGUGGGCUGCUGAUGAGUAUUCGGGAGUCAUUAGAUGAUUAUGAAGCCAAGCUUCAGGACCUGCACGCCGUCCUUCAGGAGGCGGCAGCCCAGGCAAAGCAGGCCACUGGCCUCAACCAUGAAAAUGAGGGGGUUCUGGGAGCCAUCCAGAGACAAAUGAAAGAAAUGAGUUCCCUCAAGAAUGACUUCACCAAGCACCUGGCCACGGCAGACUCCUCCCUGCUACACACCAACAAUCUACUGCAGCAGAUGGACAAAAGCCAGAAGGAAUAUGAAAGCUUAGCUGCUGCUUUAAAUGGAGCAAGACAGCAACUAAGUGACAAAGUGCAAGAACUCUCCAGAUCAGCCAGCAAAACGUCCCUGGUGGUGGAGGCAGAGAAGCACGCCCAGUCUUUACGGGAGUUGGCAAAGCAGCUAGAAGAGAUAAAGAGAAGUACCAGCGGAGAUGAGCUCGUGCGCUAUGCCGUGGAUGCUGCCACGGCCUAUGAGAACAUCCUCAAUGCCAUCAAAGCAGCAGAGGAUGCAGCCAACAAGGCCGCCGGGGCCUCAGAGUCUGCCUUCCAGACGGUGAUAAGGGAGGAUCUCCCGAGAAGGGCCAAGACCCUGAGUUCGGACAGAAAUGCACUGUUAAACGAGGCCAAGACAACACAGAAAAAGCUAAAGCAAGAAGUCAGUCCAGCUCUCAGCAGCCUACAGCAAACCCUGAGGACUGUGUCAGUUCAGAAGGACCUGCUAGAUACCAACCUCACUGCUCUCCGGGAUGAUCUCCGUGGGAUACAGAGAGGUGAUAUUGACAGUGUGAUCAGCGGUGCAAAGAGCAUGGUCAGGAAGGCCAACGGAGUAACAAGCGAGGUCCUGGAUGGGCUCAACCCCAUCCAGACAGAUUUGGGGAGAAUUAAGGACAGCUACGGGAGCACACGGCGUGAGGACUUCAACAAAGCUCUAAGCGAUGCCAACAACUCAGUAAAGAAGUUAACCAAGAAGUUGCCUGACCUUUUUAUCAAGAUUGAAAGUAUCAACCAACAGCUCCUACCCCUGGGAAACAUCUCUGACAACGUGGACCGCAUCCGAGAACUCAUCCAGCAGGCCAGAGAUGCUGCUAAUAAGGUUGCAAUUCCCAUGAGGUUCAAUGGUAAAUCUGGUGUUGAAGUCCGACUGCCAAAUGACCUAGAAGACUUAAAAGGAUACACAUCUCUGUCAUUGUUUCUCCAAAGACCUAACUUAAGAGAGAAUGGGGGCACAGAGGAUAUGUUUGUCAUGUACCUCGGAAAUAAGGAUGCUUCCAAGGACUACAUCGGCAUGGCGGUUGUAGACGGCCAGCUAACGUGUGUCUACAACCUGGGGGACCGAGAGACUGAAGUGCAGAUAGACCAGGUGCUGACAGAGAGUGAGACUCAGGAGGCAGUGAUGGACCGAGUGAAGUUCCAGAGAAUUUAUCAGUUUGCCAAGCUUAAUUACACCCAAGAAGCCACGUCCAAUAAACCCAAAGCACCUGGGAUCUAUGACCUGACUGGUGGCAGUAGCCACACACUCCUUAAUUUGGAUCCUGAGAAUGCUGUGUUUUAUGUUGGAGGUUACCCACCUAAUUUUCAACUUCCUAGCAGACUAAGGUUCCCUCCGUACAAAGGCUGUAUUGAACUAGAUGACCUCAAUGAAAAUGUUCUGAGCUUGUACAACUUCAAGGCAACUUUCUAUCUCAACACAACUGAAGUGGAACCUUGUAGGAGGAGAAAGGAAGAGUCGGACAAAAACUACUUUGAAGGUACAGGUUAUGCUCGCAUCCCCACUCAGCCGAAAGCUCCCUUCCCAAACUUCAUCCAAACCAUCCAGACCACUGUGGACCAAGGUUUGCUGUUCUUUGCAGAAAACCAGGAUAACUUCAUAUCCCUGGAUAUAGAAGAUGGUAAUCUCAAGCUAAGGUACAAACUGAAUUCAGAGCCUCCCCAAGACAAAGAGAUUGGAGGCCCCAUCAAUGACGGGAAAGAUCACUCGAUUUUAAUCACAAUUGGGAGAUUACAAAAACGCAUAUGGAUAAAUAUGAAUGAUCAAAGUAAAAACAUUGAAGCGGAAAUGUUUGAUUUCAGCACAUAUUAUUUGGGAGGAAUUCCAAUUGCAAUCAGAGAAAGGUUUAACAUCUCCACACCUGCUUUCCAAGGCUGCAUGAAGAACCUGAAGAAAACCAGUGGUGUCAUCAGGUUGAAUGAUACUGUGGGUGUAACCAAAAAGUGCUCUGAAGACUGGAAGCUUGUGCGAACUGCCUCCUUCUCCAAAGGCGGACAGAUGGAUUUUAAAAACUUGGCUGUGCCCUUGUCCGACCGCUUCCAGCUCUCCUUUGGGUUUCAGACCUUUCAACCCAGGGGGACACUGCUAAAUCAUCAGACACAGUUUCAGGCCAGAAGCCUGCAGGUCACCCUGGAAGAUGGUUGCAUUGUGUUGAGAACGAGAGACAGCAGCAGCCCGAUUUUCAAGUCUCUGCAGACCUACACGGAUGGCUUGCUGCAUCACGUAUCUGUAAUAAGCGACACCUCAGGCCUCCGCCUUCUCAUUGAUGACCAGGUUCUGAGAAGGAACCAGAGGCUCCCCCGCUUCUCGGAUGACCAGCAGCAAUCUCUCGUCCUGGGAGGUGGUUAUUUUGAGGGUUGUAUCAGCAACGUUUUUGUCCAAAGGUUGUCACAGAGUCCGGAAGUCCUGGAUUUGGCCAGUAGAACCACCAAGAGGGCUGCAUCCCUGGGAGGCUGUAGUUUAAAUAAGCCACCUUUCCUCAUGUUGUUUAAAGGUCCCAAGGGACUCCACACAGCCAGGACUUUCCAUGUCAAUCAGCUCUUGCGGGAUGAACCUCAGGCACCAAGGAGCAUGGGGGCGUGGCAAAAUGGGAAGUCCUGCCUGCAACCAAUCAGCCCCCAGCCCAAGCACAGGGCGCUCCGCUUUGGGGACAGUCCCACCAGCCACUUGCUAUUCAAACUUCCCCAGGAGCUGCUGGGGCCCAGGUCACAAUUUUCUUUGGACAUACAGACAACAUCCUCCAGAGGCCUGGUGUUCUACACAGGCACCAAGGACUCAUUCAUGGCUCUUUAUAUCUCGGAAGGACGUGUUGUCUUUGCUUUGGGGACAGAAGGGAAGAAACUAAGGCUCAGGAGCAAGGAGCGAUGCCACGAUGGGAAGUGGCACACGGUGGUAUUCGGACUGAGUGGAGGAAAGGCGCGCCUGGUUGUGGACGGGAUAAGAGCCCAGGAAGUCAAUUUGCCUGGAAAUUCAACCAUCAGCCCCAGAGCACAGGUUUACCUGGGCUUGUCACUAUCGAGAAAGUCAAAGAGCCUCCCCCAACACAGUUUUGUGGGGUGCCUGAGGAACUUCCAGUUGGACUCAAAACCCCUGGAUUCCCCCUCUGCGAGGUUUGGGGUAUCCCCCUGCUUGAGUGGCUCCUUAGAGAAAGGCAUUUAUUUCUCCCAAGGAGGAGGCCAUGUGGUCCUGGCCAAUUCCGUGUCCUUGGGGCCAGAGCUUAAGCUUGUUUUCAGCAUUCGCCCGAGAAGUCUCACUGGGGUCUUAAUACACAUCGGAAGUCAGUCUGGACAGCACUUAAGUGUUUACAUGGAGGCAGGAAAGGUCACGGCCUCUGUGGACAGUGAGGCAGGUGGGACCUUGACAUCAAUCACACCAAAACAAUCUCUGUGUGACGGACAGUGGCACUCUGUGUCAGUCUCCAUUAAAGAGCACAUCCUGCAUCUGGAACUGGACACAGACAACAGCUACACAGCUGGACAGCUUUCCUUCCCACCUAACAACAGCCAAGGGUCACUACACAUUGGAGGUGUCCCAGACAAACUGAAAAUGCUUACGCUCCCUGUGUGGAACUCAUUUUUUGGCUGUCUGAGGAAUAUUCAAGUCAACCACGCUCCUGUCCCCAUCACGGAAGCCACAGAAGUCCAGGGUUCUGUCAGCCUCAAUGGCUGCCCUGACCACUAACCCUGUGGCAAGAGAAGCCGCCUUUGGAAGCACCCAGCAUAGCUCCCUCCCCUAUUCAAAGCCAUGAGGACACCAUCAGCACAUUUUAAAGCUGGUCUCAUUUUGAAUCCAACCACACAGGCCCAUCAUGUUGUCAUCAGUGCUAUACAUGUAUUUUAUAUAAAAAUCCCAUUUCUUGAAGAAAAUGAACAAAUUGUUAUUUAAACAUGCACACAAUGCUUUUGUUAGUAUUGGGUUUUAUCCACUAAGAAUUAAAUGCCUUUUAGACAACUUUUUUCUAGUUGCUGAAAAGAAAAUCUCAUUUAGAACACUUUAUGAAUACAAAACUUUGAAAUAUGUUAAAUUGCUACAAAUCAUGGGGUUAAAUAAAUGCAAUGCACUCUUCAACUUAGGACGCUUUUUAAGCAAGGAAAGCCAAGGGCUGAUGACCACUGCCAAUUAUAUUGGUUUUUCAGCACCUGUUCAAGGUACUGAGCAGCUAUGUGCUCAGUGUGUGAACUACAAUGGGGUUUAAUAAGUCAGCCCUGCCCUGAAGGGGCAUGCACUACAAUUAGAGAGACAUAUAAUGCUCAUGAAACAGGAAUUAACAAGCUGAACUACUGAACCCAUUAAUUAAUGAGGCUCCCUGGCCUCCAACCCUUGCCUUCCCCAAUCUGCUAGCAAGUAGGUCUAAAUUACUACCAACCCCUUGAGAAUACAGAUCAUCCAGUAGAUGUGCUAAGAUUAAUGUAUGCGAUAUAA